AUGCAGUCCAUAAACAGGUUCCUUUAUGGCCCCACACCAGAGGAGAAGGUUAGGCAAUGGCAGGGAAAACUACGAACGGAGGCACGCCAUCUUGACCGCGAGAUGAGGGAGCUCGACAAAGUCACCAAGCAAGCUCGACAACAGGUGAAGCAGCAUGCAACACGAGGAGAUGUCAAGUCUGCGCGUAUAUUAGCUCGAGAGGUCGUCCGAAGCGAGAAGCAGAAGGACAAGCUAUCAGUUAGCAAGGCUCGACUCAACUCAAUCGGGACACAACUUGCGCAGCAAAUGGCCAUGGUGAAAGUGACUGGCGCGCUGCAGAAGUCUACCGAAAUUAUGAAGUUAUCCAACUCUCUAAUCAAACUACCCCAAAUCAGCCAAACGAUGCGAGAAAUGAGUAUGGAAAUGACAAAGGCAGGGAUAAUUGGAGAGAUGGUAGACGACACAUUAGAGUUGGAAGACGACGACGAGCUUUUAGAAGAAGCAGACGAGGAAGUCGACAAAGUCCUUGCCGAGCUGACAGACGGCAAGCUUGGUCUGGCUGGCUCUGUUGGUGCAUUGCCAUCACUACAAGACAAACUGGAGGAGGAGGAGACAGAAAGAAACAUGGAGUCCUAUCGGCAGCAGCUCAAUGGAUUUGGGUAUAUUCACGUGGAUCAACUUUUUUCUUUACUUUCCAUCAUGUUGAGCCGGCCCCUUGCUAGCAUCGCCCGCGCGCCUUCUGCUUUCCGGAAAUAUGCCUCCGCUGCCUCGACUGCUGCUUUCGCUGGCCAGAAAGACAGCAACGGCAAGUACACGGUUACUCUCAUUCCCGGCGACGGUAUCGGCCCUGAAAUUAGCGAGUCUAUCAAGAACAUUUACGUCGCUGCCGAUGUGCCAAUUCAGUGGGAGGAAGUCAGUGUCACCCCAAUCCUCAAGGGAGGCAAGACUGUCAUUCCCGAUGCUGCUAUCAGCUCGGUCAAAAAGAACACCGUUGCUCUAAAAGGUCCUUUGGCAACCCCCAUCGGCAAGGGCCACGUUUCGCUCAACUUGACGCUUCGUCGCACAUUUAACUUAUUCGCCAACGUUCGACCAUGUGUCUCCAUCAAAGGUUUCAAGACGCCGUAUGACGAUGUGAACACUGUCCUGAUUCGUGAAAACACGGAGGGAGAGUACUCUGGCAUUGAGCAUGAGAUUGUCGAUGGUGUGGUCCAAUCCAUCAAGCUCAUUACCUGGGAGGCAUCUGAACGCGUCGCUCGUUAUGCGUUCAACUAUGCAGAGACCAGUGGGCGACAGCGAGUCACAGCAGUUCACAAAGCCAACAUUAUGAAAAUGUCGGAUGGAAUGUUCUUGUCGGCAUGUCGGGAAGUAUCCAAGGAGUUCCCGAAUGUCGCGUAUGAUGAGGACCUCCUUGACCGGGUUUGCUUGCAAAUUGUUCAAAACCCCAAGCCCUACUCUGAUCGGGUCAUGGUCAUGCCCAAUCUGUAUGGUGACAUCCUUUCCGAUAUGUGCGCGGGCCUUAUCGGUGGGCUUGGACUGACACCCUCUGGAAACAUUGGCCGCGACGCAUCCAUUUUCGAAGCUGUCCAUGGUUCCGCCCCGGAUAUUGCGGGCAAAGGUCUCGCCAACCCAACUGCAUUGCUGCUAUCUUCGUUGAUGAUGCUGAGGCAUAUGAACCUGUUCGAGCAUGCAGACAAAAUUGAAAAGGCUGCGUUGUCGACGAUCGCUGAAGGCAAGACCAUUACUGGAGACUUGGGUGGAAAAGCGUCAACGAAGGAGGUAAAUUAUACGUACCAGCUACACUAUAGAACAUGUGACAUCACUAGCGACAGUCACACGGAUAAGCCAUCCCUCGCAUUCCUUCCACCACGCCGCCCCACAGGGCAAUCUCCCUCCAGCAGGAACCACUUGACACCGAAAUACAAAACCUAA